GCAAUGACAAUGCUUCCUGACAAACUCGCACAUGGAUACUACCGCCGUACAUGCAAUAUUAGAUCAUCUCCUGUCCAAUCCCGACUUUAACCUGAAAACACUGCGUCUGGGUGAAGAACCCCCAACAGCCGAACUGCAACGUACCAUUCUAUCGAGUACACUAGAACGAGAUAAAGGGUUGUUUCUCGAGAAAUGGGGAAAGUUUUUGGGUUCGCAACAAUUGGAGUUUUUUCAUCCGUUUGCAGAUCAGUAUGAAGUGAAAUACUACCUGAAUCAAUACCAAAGUGUCAGUAGAUCACUGACGAAAGCCCAGAUUCGAAAUCGGAGAAUCAAUUAUAUGAAUCAAAAUCUGUCCGACGAAUACUUCUCCGAUGAUGCCUUCAAAGACCGUGAGCCAGCCCUUUACGAGGAAUACAUUGGUCGGUAUCUUCCGCCACCGCAGGCAUUCCCGGAUAGUAUGACUCUUGUGGACCGAAUAUAUUCAAAUAUGGAUCGUGCCACACAUUUGGAAACUCUCGGACGCCAGCAUGAGAUUGAAGAGGAGCAAUUUGAAGAGUUUGAUACCGAUGAGGAAGAGGACGUUCAGGACCAGCAAGAGGAAAGGGAUUUGGAAUCGAAAAAUAAAAGGGCUAUAAAAGUCGACGAAAGCAUCGAUCUGGAAGCGACAAUGGCUGAGGGGGAGGACGAAGGGCCAAUAUCAGACGAGGAGAAGGAGGCAUUAGCAGAGGAAUUUCGCACACUGAUGCGACUUAGGUUCAUUGAUGGAGAGGAGAGUGACUUUGAGUAUUCGAACGUGGACAAUAACGCCCUGUAUGACCUUUCCGAUCAAUCACUGCAAGACGAUGCGGAUGCAUAUUUUGAUAGUGAAGAGCCCAGCGCGGGCGUGGAUGAAGAUCGAGGCUAUUUGAUGGAAGAUUUCUAGAGAGUGUGGGGUUUUCCAAUGACUAGUCAAUGUCACUGUCCCACAAUGUUAUUCGGUGGCGAACCAAUAACGAGAUGCCACGCACAUUGAUGUGGCAAUGAAGCAUGACCGUCCUUGUUCUGGUUCCUUGUAGCUAUCCAGUUGAUAAGAACUCGUGAAGUUGUUCAAGUUUCCGUCCUAUGACAGCUUAAACGAAAUCAAUGCAUUCCAACCCCGGGCAGUGGCAUUGAAUCUUAUUUGUUAAGCAUGUUAUAAAGUCAUUAGUUUAGCCAUCAUAACUGAGCUACCUGUAUUGAGAAAUCUGUAGAAAUGGCAAUGAUCAGAAACUUAAAAGAUAAUUGCGGCAAAAAGUGAAGAGAAUAAUAUAGGUCAUCACUGGGCCGGAUAGUUGUCUCUGUGGAAUUGUAUACUUCUUUUUUAAGGAUCAUUCCCACCGAUAAUAAGAUCC